GAACUUCUAGACAUCAUUACAGCGCUGUUUAAGCUCCAAAACAGACAUACGAGAAAUACAGGAUCAACACAAGUCCAAGAAAUACAGAUUUUACACUACAGCAGUCUGAUCUCCUGAACUCCAGAAUAAAAGAAGUGAUCCAAAGGAUGUCCAAAGCUGAAUGGGGUUUUCUAGAAAACCUGUUAGAGGGCAGUCAUGAGUACUCUACUGCUGUGGGGCGCGUGUGGCUCACUGUCCUUUUUCUCUUCCGUGUACUCGUCUUGUGUGCUGCUGCUGAGUCCGCGUGGGACGAUGAACAGUCGGAUUUUGUUUGCAACACCAAACAGCCUGGCUGCGAGUCUGUAUGCUACGACAAGGCUUUUCCAGUCUCCCAUUUCCGCUACUUUAUCCUACAGGUUGUCUUUGUCUCUACGCCCAGCAUUUUCUUUUUCGUCUAUGUGGCCAUGUGGAGACAUAAGGAGACAAAAAAAGAGACAGAGGAGCCACACGGGAAAAUGAUGUAUAUAAAAGUCAAAGAAACCAAGUUAGAUGUGAUAGAGGAAGAGAAUGAAGUUGAGACACAGGAGGCAAAGAAAAAGAAACCGUCCAUUCCUCCAAAGCUCAAGGGGAAGCUUCUGGGUGCAUACGCUAUCAGCAUAGCUGUGAAAGUCCUAAUUGAAAUUGGUUUUGUUGUUGGCUUGUGGUUCCUUUAUGGGUUUGUAAUUUCAGCUAAGUAUGAAUGCGAGCGAUUUCCCUGCCCUCACAAGGUGGACUGUUUUGUCUCUCGGCCGACUGAGAAGACAAUUUUCACUAUAUAUAUUCAGGUCAUUGCUUUGGUCUCUGUGUUGCUCAAUGUUUUAGAGCUGUUCCAACUUCUUCAACUGUUCAUCAAACAUUAUUUUGAAAAGAAGUUCCAAUAUCAACAGCCAGGGAUCAAUCCAGUAGUGAAACACGUUCCACUACAGCUAAAGGAGGCUCAGACUCAAUCGUACCAGAAGCAUUUUUCAACAGAAAAUGGCAUCUAUGCUCAGUAUGUCAAGGACUGGCCUGGGAGCAGACAUCCCCAGACAAGGACAUGCACCCCAAAUACACUAUAACAUAAUUCUAUAGAAGAAUUCUGCCAGUAACAUUUGGCCAGUUUCCCAUUAAAAUGGUACUACACUAUGGAAUACUGGGCAAUAUUUGCCGUUUUCUAUAAAAUACCACAAGACAUUGUGAAUAGCUUUGAAUUCUGAGGGUGAUGUUAGAAUUAGCAGUAUAGAGACCCCUCGAAUACAGCACACAACAGUAUUUCUAGAGGAGACACGCUGAACAGGAAACCAUGAAGCCAAAUCGGAUUUAUUUUCCAAGUAUUCUCUAUCCGAAGCCUGCUUUUUAAGGGCAAAUUAUAAAUAGUUAAAUGAAAUACAUUUUAUCUGUAUGCAGAGAACCACAAACAAACCACAAACAAACAGUAACAUACUGUCAACCCUACUGCCAGUAGUCUACUUUUAAAAAUAUUCUGCACUGUAUUUUAAUUGUAAUUCAGUGCAUGACUUUAUCUUAGUAGCAUAUAGUAAAUUAUUAAGCAGAUUGCAACUGUACUGUACUGAAUUUACUGUAAAACUAACAGUAAACUCCUGGCAACGCUUCUUCCAGUAUUUUACUGUUAAUUUAUAGGAAAAUUUAUUACAGUGAUAAACUUAAACUGACACCAUACAUAGGGGUCACUACAAAAAGCAUGUUCAGAAUCAGAAUCAGGUUUAUUGGCCAACAUACACAAGGAAUUUGGUUACAGCUGUUAGUGACUCUGAAAGUACAGACAUGUUCAAACCAAACCCAUUUAAGAGUUAAGGAUAAAGUGAAACACUCCACUGAUAAACAUCAUGUAUGAGCUUAGACAACCAGUGUAAUGGAUCCUGUUUUGUUUUAUCAGAGGGCAGGACAAAACACUGCUGUAAGACAACUGCCAUUUCCUCUAUUUCCUGUUUAGAUGAACAGUUGAAUCUAAUACACUGUAAACUAAACUCAAUUUUAAGUUUUAACAUGCAAAGAUAAAUUGUAGUUUGAGGCAAUCUGUUUAAUCACGAAUAAGGUGGAGGGAAAAUCAUAAUUUAUUAAAUAAGUACAUUUUCACUAAACCUUGUGCUUGCUAAUGUGCCAAAGUGUAUGUCUUCUGUUCACAUCAGUUAUGUAAUACUGUAAAGAUGUCAC